UAUUCGAGAAGGGAAACACAAGAGACUGAACUAAGAUUUAAAGGAGAGUCCAUAAUAAGUUUGCUCUCACCUAUUUCUGCGAUACUAAGGUUUUAUGUUUGUUCGCUGAGCAUUAAUUUAGUGCCGGUUGGAUUACUAAUAACCGGCCGGGUUAGAUUUUAAAGGGGUUGGGGAGGGGGUUAACAUGUCUAUCCAGUACGAGGCACCGCUGGCGGACAGCUACGGGGUGGCGGACUCGUUUCCCAAAGAUUUCGGAUAUGGAGAAGAAGAAGGAGACAUUGAGGACAGUCCUACUCCCUCCGACAGCAAACCAAGAAUCCUGCUAAUGGGACUGAGGAGGAGCGGAAAGUCCUCUAUCCAGAAGGUGGUGUUUCAUAAGAUGUCCCCCAACGAGACCCUGUUUCUCGAGAGCACCAACAAGAUCUAUAAAGAUGACAUCUCCAGCAGCUCUUUUGUCAACUUCCAGAUCUGGGACUUCCCUGGACAAGUGGACUUUUUUGAUCCAACCUUUGACUACGAGAUGAUUUUCAGAGGAACUGGGGCCUUGAUAUUUGUCAUCGACGCACAGGAUGACUAUGUGGAGGCCCUUGGUCGACUCCACCUCACAGUAUCACGCGCCUACAGGGUCAACCCAGAGAUCAACUUUGAAGUGUUUAUCCAUAAAGUAGAUGGCCUGUCUGAUGACCAUAAGAUCGAGACCCAGCGGGAUAUACACCAGAGGGCUAACGAUGACCUGGCAGAUGCCAGUUUAGAGAAACUACAUCUCAGUUUCUAUUUGACUAGUAUAUAUGAUCACUCCAUCUUUGAGGCCUUCAGUAAAGUUGUCCAGAAGCUCAUCCCUCAGCUUCCAACGCUGGAGAACCUUCUCAACAUCUUUAUAUCAAAUUCAGGGAUUGAGAAGGCCUUCCUGUUUGAUGUCGUCAGUAAGAUUUACAUCGCCACCGACAGUUCACCGGUGGACAUGCAGUCCUAUGAGCUUUGCUGCGACAUGAUCGAUGUGGUCAUCGACGUCUCCUGUAUUUACGGAUUAAAGGAGGAUGGCAGUGGCAGUGCAUAUGAUAAGGAGUCUAUGGCCAUCAUCAAACUCAACAACACCACAGUGCUCUACCUAAAAGAGGUCACCAAGUUCCUUGCCCUGGUCUGCAUCCUGAGAGAAGAGAGCUUUGAGCGCAAAGGAUUAAUAGACUACAAUUUCCACUGUUUCCGGAAAGCCAUUCAUGAGGUGUUCGAGGUUGGUGGUUCUACCUCAAGGACAAGCAACCAGCCAGCUGGCACCCCUCUCCUGAAGACUGUUACCUUAAACGGAACCCCCAGGAGCACUGUGUAGAUAGAUAGCGAUAAAGACAAUGAUGAAAGUGUGGAGAUGAUGGAUAAGGUAACAAAAGAGAGAGACUUCAGGAUGAGCCACAUUCUGAGUAUGCAGACCAUCAUUACUGCUCCCAAAUGCUUUAUAAGCAAGCGUUUGAAAGUCACUAAAAUAAACUUGCUGCAGUGGGUGGGGCAGAAAUGUUAUGUGGGUAUGCUUGCAAAGCUACAGAUGGAUGGAAGGGAAGAGGCACAAAAGAAGGUGGAACACUUUUUUUGUGACUAAAAGGCAUUAACAAACUGUUCCUCCAGAAAAGGCCGCAAACAUGUAACAGUGCAAGUCACUUAGGAAAAAAACAAAAGCACAGCAAAAAACCAGCCGUCCCGCCUGACGACUUGGAUGAAUGCUGUAUGAUAUGCUGCUGGUCACUUUCUGGUCACCAAGUUUAAAUGCAUAGCCGGUCUACUCCUCAACAUGUGAAUGUGGCAGACUUCUGUGAACAUUUCUGGGGCACGAAAUUUGAGUGUCCACUUCUGAAGCCUUAUGUAAAGGAGGCCUGUCUGAUGCAAGCCCCUAGUGCACACUUGGUCACCUAAACAGCCCAUGUAUUGUGUAUGAAAGAUUAGUAAAGGGAUUGAAAUUUGGUUUUGAA